GCGGUCCAAAGGACUAUCAGCAUUGUUUUGCAUGCUUUGGGUACUUAAAACGCAAGUAUAUGUGGAAGCAUGCAAAACGGUGCUCACCUGCUCAAAGUGUUCGCAGAACAUUACCUGGAAAAACAAGAAUACAGGCACUCUGUGCUGCUGCUCAACCUGCAUCUACAGACGUGAACAUGAAGGUAUGGGCCCUCGUGAAUGGCAUGACUCAAGACGAAAUUGCCCAUGCAGUAAAAGAAGACAAAUACAUCAUGAAGGUUGGAGAGAAGAUGUACAACCGGCAACGUGAAACUGCCUCUCAGCAUGACAAUGUUCGUCAAAUUAUGCGAGGACUGGGGAGACUCUUGAUCCUAGGAAGGACGGUGACCCCUCUGAAAAUGAUGGAGGAUUAUAUUAAUCCACAACACUUUCACCAUGUGAUCCGAGCCAAAGAAGUCAAAGAAGUAGCUGGCUUUGAUGAAAAGAGGAACAAGAUUGAGAAACCCUCCUUAGCCACAAGGCUAGGGCAAAGCAUCCAGAGAGUUGCAGACAUCAUGGAGGCAGAAGCUCUAUCAUCUCAGAAUGAUGAAAAGAAGCAGGAUGUCAUAGAGUUUAGAUGCAUGUACAGUCUUAUCUGGAAUGAGAUGAUCUGUUCUGCUGCAUACACUUGAGAAGAAAUGGAACAAAUCCAAGCUCAUUCCGUUUUGCAGAGGAUGUGCACAUGUACAUGACUGACAAACAGAAACAAUAUUAUGGGCAGUUGUUGGAUGACAAAAUCUCAAGGAAUUGGAGCAAUCUUGCUAAAGUAAUAAUGGCACAGAUAAUCCUUUUCAACUGAAGGCGAGAAGGCGAGGUCUCAAAGAUGUGUUUGGAAUCAUUUAUCACCAGGGACAACUCCCCAUUUAAUGAAGAUAUUGGUGAAGCGUUGACAGCAUUGGAGAAAAGGCUCUGCCAGCAUUUCGAAGGUGUGGAAAUUCGAGGGAAGCAUGGCAGGAAGGUGCCUAAUCAUCCUUACUCCAACAAUGGUGCAAUCUCUGGAGCUACUUGUGGAGGAGAGAAGCUCAUGUGGAGUAGGUGAAAGCAUCUACUUAUUCGCAAGACCAGGUUUUGACACGAGGCUUAGGGGGUCUAACUGCAUCCGUGAGUUGGCUAAAAACUGUGGGGCCAAAAAACCUGAAGCUCUGUCAUCCACAAAACUAAGAAAACAAGUGGCCACUCUGUCAAGAGUACUGAAUCUAAAUGACACCGAACAAGAUCUUUUGGUGGACUUUCUGGGUCACGACAUAAGGGUUCACAGGAAGUUCUAUCGCCUCCUCGAAGGGACUUUGCAGUUAGCAAAAAUCAGUAAGGUAUUGAUGGCCUGUGAACAGGGCAGACUGGCAGAAUUCAAGGGGAAAAUUCUGGACCAAAUCUCGAUCAGCCCCAAUGACCAAUCUGAAGUUAUGGAAGAAAGCUCAGGGGAGUCAUCUGAAAAUGAAGAUCAUCCAGCUGCUCCAGCAGGAGAGGAAUCUGUGACUCGAGAAGAGAAAGGCACUUCAAAGCAGCAGCUUGGACGGAAGCGAGGCUUGGGAGGAGGGGCUUCAGUGACUCGACAAACAGCAGCCUGUAGAAGAGCAAAGCUCACCCACAUAGCAAAAUUGGUCUGGCCCAAUUCUGGCCCACAUAACGCACUUACACUCGGCCGACAUACCGCAAAGAAUGACGGCCCUUUGGUGGCCCGGAUCUCAUUUGCCAGAGCUGGCCCAUACAUGGGCCAGCACAAAGCCAGCUGCAGACACACUGCUGGUCCUGUUCUGGCCCCGAACAGUUUCUGCACUGGCACCAGAUGUCAGCCUUAA